AUGUCAGUGUCACUGUCCGACUGUCACACCCUGAGCGAGAGGACGGGGACACGGCAGUCCGCAGAGGCACGGUGUUAUGCAAUACCGUGUUUGCGAUGUCAUCGCCCAAGUGAGAGAACAUGUGUGUCAUCACCAGCGCAAGGAAAGGAACGCACGAUAGUGUGGCGCCAUUUAUCCCAUUCCUUGGUUUCCCUCCUAGUCGACUCUCUCACAAAGAGACUGUCUACCCGACACCCCCUUAUGCCAUUGCCAAAGUUCCGCCUGCACGGAGCCAGCAACAACGUUGUUGGCCGCGAAAAACAAGGCAAACACGACGGCGAGCGCUUCUGCGUUCCUUUAAGCGUCUGCUCCGAUGGACGAGUAUUGGCCGUGAUGACUACAUGCCAACAAAAGCCGUGGAUAUCUGUGAACAGACGUAGGUUGACGCUGCCUCGCGUGCCAAUAUCCCGAAAGGACGGUGCGAACAGAGACUGCGCCGCAGACAUCAUUCACCUACGUACAGGAACGAUGCCCAGCAGCAUGCGUGGCAGCGUUCCGCCGCACAUCACAAGGGAGGUGCGCGAGUGCGCCUGGAGCUUUGUGGCGCAGCCAGGAGGACAAGGCAUUUCAUGGACUGUCUGCAUUGACAAGGAUGCCGGAGUCAAGCAGCGCAAGCACAAGACUUAUGUCGUCAUAUCCAACGACCGUCUUCAUGAGUAUCGCUUCACAUGGGUGAUGCCGUGGGACAGUGCCACCGCGAGCGUGAUUCCAAAGCUGUACCACUUUGAUGUGCUCCCUGAUUUCCACGAUCUGACGUACGGCUCAAAGUUGGACGCAAGAGCACAACGCAAAACGUACAUCCAACUGAAGCGUAUGUUUGGCAAAGCGGUGUGA